ACGGGGCGGGAAUCGAACCUGGGUCGCCGGCUAACAGUGCAGGUGCCCCAGCCAGUUGCGCCACAGCUGGGGCCGGUCAGAACGCUUCUUAUACAAGUUGACUUGAGGUCCGCCUGAGUGAAGUGCGUCAUUUCCAGGAGGGACACCUGGGGGACUUUCCUUGUGACCAUACAGAUCCCCCUUCAGCUCAUUCUUAUUUAACCAGCAAAGCCCAAAUGUUUAACUUAAAAAAAUAAUCUUCUAUUAAAUAUUCUACUUUGGUAAAAGCAAAAUGCUCCCAGAGCCAAACUCGACCACAACUUUAAACCUCACAGCUCUGAUACCUGGUGGCUGUCCACCAGUCGGUAUUCAACUGGAAGGCGUGAUCUUACCACCAGUCCUCACCAUUGAUGUCAUACUGGGGUUGCUGGGAAACAUACUCGCUCUGUGGAUCUUCUGGUUUAAACUGAAGGCUUGGAACCCCAACAACUUGUUCCUCUUCAACCUGGUUAUCGCCGAUUUCUUGGCUCUGGUGAGUCUGCCGCUGAGGAUCGAUGCCUUGCUCAGGGGCUACUGGGUGUUUGGAGACGGCUUGUGCCGGAUGAACCUCUUCCUGAUGUUUUCCAAUCGCUCAGCAAGCAUCGCACUCAUGACUGUGGUGGCCAUUUACCGCUACUUUAAGGUGUGCCACCCUCACCACCCCUUCAACCGCAUGACCAAGCGGCAGGCUGCCUUCGCGUCGGUGUUCGUCUGGCUGUUGGUGAUCAGC